GUUUAUUUUGUGCCAAUAAGUUUAAAGAAGACUUUUAUAGUUGCAAGCAAAAUAUAGCAAUUCAAAAUACCAAAGGAAAAAAAUAACAAAAAAAAUAAUGUUCAAACGAAAAAAAAAGGAUUGCAAUAAAAAAAAAGUGAAAUGGUGUGAAAUAUCUGCCUUCCCUUAAAUAUUGUCUCCCUCUCAGUUUUGGUCGUUGACGUUUUCUUUGAUCAUGUCUCCAGCUUUCUCGUUUGCGCUCCCUGACUUUUUGUUUGCGAUUUUUUGACACAAACGUGCCCGGUGGGUGGGCUUUCGACGUUGGGCAUUCCUAUUGGCUUAUGUGUGUUUGACGGACAGCUAAGCGAGCGUACGAAGCGGCUCUGGCCACAAUCAGCUGCUGCUUCUGAUUGGUUGUAAAACGUCAACCCAAACUGCUGUCAAAAAAAGCAGAGGAACUUCGGUCAGUAGUUAGACUAGUUGAUCUACUUCGUGAGGUGAAGCCCUUUUCGGUGAUCAAAGACGACACCUGUCAGCCAGUCACACAAAAAGCAUACGGAAAGCCAGGUAGAAUAGUCUGAGGAUGCAGUCUGAGCAGGGUUCUACCCCAUCAACCACAGCAGCAGCGGUUCAGAGCAUCAAUAUACUGAAUACUUCGUUGGGGACACAACAACAAACUGGAGUCAGACCAGGGGGUCAGACAGCAGGACCAAGCAUGGACACUGAAAUGCGAAGGUCUUUCCCGGGCUUUUUUAAGAAGAGGCCUAGCCGAAGUGCAGCAUUUAAAUCUCCAAAACAGCUGAAAUUAUGGAAACCAUUUAACCUCACUGUUUUUUUGAUGCACCUCAACACCACCACAACACCCUCCCCGGAGGAAGAUCUUCAGCAUCUGCAGGCAGGUCUCGGCAAAAGGACUCUGUCCAUAGACGGAGAAAUGACACAUGCUGAGAUAUCCAGUUUGUUCGAAGAUAUUUUUCCCAAAAUAAAAGCAGUGUCAGGAGGGUGGCUGCUCUACAAAGCUGCAGGUGGGAAUGGAAGGCGGCACUUGUCUGUUGUCCCUCCAGAGACUGAGGGCUAUACGGCUAGCACCCUAAAAACAGCUAGCGGGGGUGGUAAAACCAUUCUUUACAUCCUGCCACUUCAGGAUGAGCUGGAUUUGGCGCCCCUCUCCACCGACGCGGUAGAGUUUGCGCGUAUGCCAAAGGCAGAAUGCCGCACUUGCCAUAAGGUCAUGCCUCUACAGUUGCUGGCGUUACAUGUCACCCAGUGCCAAAACUCAACCAUCUCUGACACUGAUGAUUAUGUGGAAUGUGUGUCGGACGAUGAACCAGAGCCAACACAAGCCUGCUGCCCCAUCUGCAGUGAAAUGUUUGCAACCCAGGAACUGGAAUCUCAUGCCAGCUCGUGUGGACUGGAGAGCCCGGUGAACUGCCAACCAAAUCUGGAAAGACUGCCAGCCGCCACAGGUCCACAGGAAGAUGAGACGUGCAGACAACUGUCAAGUGAAACUGACGUUUUGGAGUGGCUGGUAGGACAAGUGGACCACACCAAAGAGUUCAGGGUUUGUGUCACGAGACAGAAUGUUCUGCAGAGGGGUCUACUACAAUGGCAGCGUCAGAAGAAGGGGUCACCGGCGAAUCCUUUGAAAAUCACCUACAUUGGAGAAGCCGGCAUUGAUACAGGAGCUUUACGCAAAGAGUUUCUGACUGAAAUGGUGCGUGGCAUUGAGGUCAAGAUGUUUACUGGAGACAGCAAGGGGAAGAGCCCAAUCUACUCGGUCUCGGACCUGGAAAGUGGUUUCUACAGAACUGCAGGGGAAAUAUUUGCAGUGAGUCUGGCCCAGGGUGGCCCCCCACCCUGCUUCUUACGAAGCUGGUGCUUCGAUUUCAUCUCAUCGGGAGAGCUAAAAACUCUAACCAAAGCUGAAGUUGAUGAUGUCGAGUAUGCGUCGCUUAUCGAAAGGGUGGAGGGAGCAGCUGAUUUUGGGGAUCUCACUGACGACAUCAUAAACUGUGGCUACACAGGGGCACUGACCAUGGACAGGAAGGAUGCUAUUAUAAGAGCCAUUGUUCUUCACGCAACCCUGCACCUCACACCGAUCUUGCAACAGUUAAGAAGUGGCCUCAAGAUCUAUGAUUUCCUGAAGGUCAUUGAAAGGCAGCCACUGCUCUGUGCACCGCUGUUUGUCCCCAAACAAGAUGAUGAUGAUGAUGAUGCACUGGAUGCUGAUUACAUCAUGAGCAUAGUCGUACCACACAUGAGCGUGAAGGGCAGCAUGAGGCACACCAAAGAGACUGAAAUCUUGAACUUCCUGCAAGACUUCUUACAAGAGCUUCAGGACAAAGAACACGAGCUUCCGGCAACAUCAGAACGGACUAGGACGAGGAAAGGAUCUCAUCAGUCAGCUGUUUCAACCCCCAAGCAGAGGCAAACCCAGGCCAAUCCUGACGCUAAGGCCUCUGUGUCUGAGGACAGCACGGAGUGUACAGUUGAAGGCACAGAUGAGACGCACCUUGCCCGGCAGCUUGUGUGUCAGGCAUGUGAGCGGACGGGUGAUGACCUCUUGGUGUGCGAGGCGGCGUGUGGCGGCUCUUUCCAUUUGGAGUGUCUGGGACGGCUACACACUGGAGAGGAGAAGCCCAUGUGUGCCCAAUGCUGCUCAGAUGCACGACUUAAGUCUUUGAGCAUCCCCAUGCUGCUGCAAUGGCUUACAGGCCAACAACAUAAACCGUUACUACCAUCUGCAAGGGCUGAUUUCAAAGUGCAUGUUAAAUUUGAACACAAUUGUAUGGAAAACAUGCCAGGUCACAGCAUUUGUUACCCUGUAGUAAAUGCAUGCUCUAACACUGUCCGGUUACCAGUUAUUCACAUGAGCACUUUUGCAGAAUUCAAAGAUGUGCUCUGUGUGGCAGUGUGUAUGGGAGCAGAUUUUGGGCGUGUUUAGUCGGUGUGUGGACUAGGCAGUGCCUAGUCCUUGUUGAACGACUAGCAGUAAGGCUCCCUAGAAGUGGAGAAACUUGAUUGACCUGUUUUUACCCUUGUAUUUAUGCUAUUUAUAAUAUUUAUAAUUGUCGGUUGAAUUAUUAUAGCUUCAAUAUAGAAUUUGUUACCCUGUGUUUACCCUUGCAUUUAUGCUAUUUAUAACAUUUAUAACUGUCGGUUGAAUUAUUAUAGCUUCAAUAUGGAAUUUGUUACCCUGUGUUUACCCCUGUAUUUAUGCUAUUUAUAAUAUUUAUAAUUGUCGGUUGAAUUAUUAUAGCUUCAAUAUAGAAUUUGUUACCCUGUGUUUACCCUUGUAUUUAUGCUAUUUAUAAUAUUUAUAAUUGUCAUUUGAAUUUUUAUAGCUUCAAUAAAGACAUUGACAAUUC